ACAUAAGACAUUUUGGAUUAGAUUUUUUCAGUGUUUUUUUUAACGUUGCUAAUCUAACUCGUUUUCUUCAAGUUUUCUUCGAUGUAGUUAUUAGGUUUUCAAUAUGUCUCUAAAAUAAGUAGAUAAAUAGGCUUAACAUCUACUGGAAUCGUAAAUGACGCCCACAAAGACUACAACAACUGAAGUAGAAAUGGUGAUACGAAAUAGAAAAACUGUUGUUAAAGACGGGAUUAUGACAAUGUCUGGAAUCGGCGAGCCUUCGGUUUUCCAUGCGUUAGUAGUGAUAUUUUUGGAAUUCUUCGCAUGGGGAUUGUUGACUAUGCCGAUAAUAUCAGUCCUAAAUGCGACGUUUCCAGAUCACACUUUUCUAAUGAAUGGACUUAUCAUGGGUAUUAAAGGAAUUUUGUCCUUUUUGUCAGCUCCUCUAAUUGGCGCUUUAUCUGACGUGUGGGGACGGAAGUUUUUCCUACUAGUAACAGUGUUCUUCACUUGUGCGCCAAUUCCGUUGAUGACAUUAAAUACUUGGUGGUUCUUUGCCAUGAUCAGCUUAAGUGGAGUAUUUGCAGUAACCUUUUCGAUCGUAUUUGCUUAUGUUGCUGAUGUAACAACUGAAGAAGAGCGUUCACGAGCCUAUGGAUUGGUAUCUGCAACUUUUGCAGCGAGUAUGGUAAUAUCACCCGCACUUGGUGCUUAUUUGAUGGACUUAUAUGGCGAGGCACUUGUCGUCGUAGCAGCAACUGCAGUCGCCGUUCUGGACGUAUUUUUUAUCAUGGUGGCAGUUCCUGAGAGUCUCCCUGAGAAAGUUAGACCAAGUGGCUGGGGGCCUGCUAUAAGCUGGGAGCAGGCUGACCCAUUUGCUGCUCUAAGGAAAGUCGGCGCAGAUCGCACUGUACUCAUGUUGUGCGUAGCUGUAUUCCUAUCUUACUUGCCUGAAGCUGGGCAGUAUUCUUGCAUAUUUGUGUAUUUGAAAUUAGUUAUGGGAUUUGGUGUUGUGCAAGUGGCAAUAUUUAUUGCAAUUGUUGGUGUUCUCAGUAUUGCUGUGCAAGUGGUACUUGGAUACCUAAUGAAAUCACUUGGUGCAAAGCAUACAAUAAUGGUUGGACUCUUAUUUGAGAUGCUACAACUUAUGUGGUAUGGGUUUGGGAGCCGUACAUGGAUGAUGUGGGCUGCAGGAGUAUUAGCUGCACUUGGAUCUCUUACAUAUCCAGCAAUAAGUGCUUAUGUUUCUGUAAACAGUAGAGCUGAUAGACAAGGAGUUGUACAAGGAAUGGUCACAGGAGUCAGAGGCCUCUGCAAUGGUUUGGGACCCGCCAUGUUUGGAGUGAUAUUCUACUUGUUUCAUGUAGAUCUUAAUGAAGAGCAUGCCCUUGCAGGAAUGGAUGGCCGACCUGAUGAUGACAAGUACAUCAGAAUUGUUCCAGGGCCACCGUUUGUAUUAGGUGCAUUACUGGUAAUUUGCGCCCUUCUAGUUGCAGCGUUUUUACCGGAAGAUAAUAUAAUUGCUGCACGACGCACUUCACCCGAUUUGCGUUUUGAAAUUGAACAUGGACGGCGCGUAGCUGGCCCUUUGUCACCUUUAAUGGCUCCAGAGUCAGCGGCCCUCUAGCUAGCGGCUAAAGCUGGCAGAGCAGCCAGCGUGUGAACUUCAGGGCAGAUCGCCAAGGCAAUCAAUGCAUUUAGGAAGGUACCAAAGCAAACUCAGUGAUCAAUGUGAGUCUAUUCAGUAACUACAUGAGACCAUUACCUUUGUUCUGCUUCUUACUGUUUUUUAUUCUUUACCUGUUAUCCAUCAUUUAUAUUAGUUUUCAAGGGUGUGUACAUAUUAUAUAUUCAAAAUAAAUCAAUUUUGAGCAUAACUAAACUUUAAUGAGCAAAUAACACAAUAACUAAUGCAAACUAACUUCAACCAUAUUUCAAGUACAACUUAUUUUAGUGAAUAAUAAAUUUAGUGAAAAUACACAAAGGAAGUUAUUUUAAGGUUUUUAGGAAAAAGGCAAAGCAUUUCUAUCCUAACAUCAGUCAUGUGUUUUUCCAUAAACAGACAUUUAAAAAAAGUCUCAUUCUGGUUGGACCAUAAUAUUUAAGACAUACUAUCUGAUAAUACAAACUUUGUUAAUGCUGUUAUUGUACAUGGAAGUAAAAAUCCUUUUUUCUCAAAAAUGUAUGUCAAGUCAAAAAUCAUUAAAAAAAAAUUUUUUAUAUAAGACAAAUAUCAGUCUUACAUUGAUUAACAUAAGUCACAUGUCUUAUAUGAUAGUAUUCCUUUAACUUUUAAAAAAUAGAUGUGAUUGGUUAUAUCAUACUGUAAUACAUUGAAUAGUUAACCUAUUUGCCAAUAAUUAUUUUCUAAUAAUAUAAUGUAAUAUCAAUUCAGAUAGCACCUAGACAUGGUGAAUGGCUUAAAAUAUAGAAUGCUGAAUUAGUUCAAUAAAUAACAGUAUUUGUUUCUGAUAGACUGAGUCACAAUUCAAUUAUAAUUUGUAUGAUGAAAUCGAAUGUGCGUGCAUUAAACUUUAUGUAUGUACUUUAUUACUAUAUAUUUAUAGUAUCCUAUCAAUCUUAUCUUAUAUAGUACUGCUAAGACUAGUAAGCUCAAGCAUGAAUUACUGAAAUAUUGUUAACAAGCUAAAAUCUUUAAAUGUGUAUUAAGUUAUUUUUGCCACCGUGUAGGCGAACGAUAGCCACAAAGAUAUCGCCAUAUGUUUGUUAUCACGACACGUCACUAAUCGUCAACUACAUUCUAGGUGAAGCUAGAUUUGAUUGAAGUACACACUUUACGGUUUGGUGAGUAAUGGAGCGAUGCGAGACAUACAUUUUCUGAACAUUGACGUUUAAGGUUACAAAGGGGAAAAAAUUUAGAUCUUGAAUAGAAUAAAAACUUCUUGCAGAAGUUUGAACAUAAUCGGACGCGUCACUUGAAUGAUUUGCUAAUUUUAUUGCAAAGCUGUGCGCAAUGCGCUAUCAGGAAAACGAUAGUUUUUAUUAUUUUAUUGGGCUUAGCCGUUUCCACAAUUAUAGUAGAUAUAAAGACCAAUACAGUAGUUUUACUUAAAAUAAUGUUAAUUCAUUCAAUUAGUCUAAAUAAUUUAAGGCUUAACAUUAUCCUGUCCGCGCGAUAAAAUUUAGAGGAGAGAAAUUCUUUUUAUAUUAUAACUGAAGUGAGUAUUUUAGGAGGAAAUAUUUAUGAGUUUCAAGUAAAUAAAGACUGUAAUUGAAUACUGGCAAGGUUACUCGUAAUAAUUAACUAAUUUGUUUCGCUCCAACUCAAAUAAAAUUUCCAUGCAAACCUACAAUUUUUCAUUCAGUUGAUAAUUGUUAUCAGUAAAGCAGCCUACAUUUGUGCGUGUCUGUCGCUGAACAAACACCUGAGGGUGGUUAAUAUUAUCAUUGUUCAAAUGAAUCGCGGUUAACAUGAGGCAAAUGAUAAAGAAAAUCGAUAUUAAUUCUACGUUGACGACAGUCUUUGCAAAGAUACAUUCAAAUAAGAUUGCCAUUAAAAGACUUCUUAUUUUCUUAAGAAAGUUUAGGUAACACAGCAUCCGUUUAAUUUUUAAGAAUAGAUAGACUUUUCUGGAGGUACACGAUUAUAUAAUAUACACCUUUUAUAUAAUCGUGUACCUAUUAAUAAUAUUACACCUCGAAAUUUUUCUUUAGUUUUUUUGAAGGUUAAAAUUGGAUACCACAGCAUAUGUUCGCUAAGUUCUGAACUAUGACAUCUGUAGACAAGUAAAAUAUCUAGAGAAAACAAAAUAUGACCUAGACGUGAAACAGCAAAAACCGCUUAAGAACGAACGAUUACGUUUCAUGGCUAUUGAAAAGUUUUAGUAUUCUACUGAAUUUCCUUACAAAAAACAAUUCACAAUUAAGUUGUUAGCGAAUUACGUUCAGCGGUGUAAUAAUAAUUUUAAAAAAAGUAUUUCCCUUACAUAGUUACUAACAAUUCUCAGAACAAUAAAGCCAUACUAUUAAUAAAAAAGAGAUUCUUAUCCACCAAUAAAAACAACAAAUAAUCAGACUGGAAGUAUAAUGAUUAAAUGCGACCUGAGGCAUAUGUAUGUGUAUUUAUCUUAAAUUAAUGGUCAUAGAACGAUUGCAGUACACUCAACAAUCAUCCAUAUACUAUAUCCGUGUCUUGCUUCGCUCUAAUUUAAGACGUAAAUCGAGACGUAAGUCAUUGAAUUCAAAUAUAUUUCAUUAAAGAUGUAUAGAAUUAAACAUAUCCAAACUUUAUAUAAUUAACUGUUAUAUAAAAAUACUUGGCAUGUUUAUUCCACAAAAUAUACUAUUUCAAUAAUUGCUUGUAAGAUUACUCAUAUCGCAAACUACUUGUAUUUUCAAAAGAGCCUGCAAAUCUAAUCUAACGUUGAUAUAAUAAAUACAUAUAUCUUAUCAGUUUUUGUCGCACAAGCACGUGGGAUUACUAAAUUAUAAUGAAAAUGCAAGUUAAUGAUUCUCAUUUGAUUACAAAGUUGUUACUAGAGAAUUGGGUUUGUAACGUAAUUGUAAUAAAAUAUCCAAAAACAAGAACGGCUCAUACGAAAUAAUUUUGCAGAAAUUAAAACUGAAUCUAAGUUUUUGUAUCUUAUAUAAUAUGUAUACUUGGUUUUCAGGUAUCUCGAUUAGUAGAAUAUUUUAACCAGUCGACUAGUCUUAUUAAGUAACCCUUGAUUAAACGUUGAUCAAGUUAACCGAACAAUUAUACGUGCAGCUAAAAUCUCGUGAUAGGUAUUUGCGUAGGUGUUUCAAAACUCGGUACGCGUCAGCGAGUGACGUCAUCGGGUAGAACAAAGGUUUUCACGAUGGCAAUACCACAUUGCAAUGAAAACUCUCUCCCACGACCGGCGAAUAGUACGUGACUAUCUUUAGUAGUCUGGUAAUGUAGUAGAUGAUUUUACCAGCCAUUGUUGUAAAGCGUAAGUAGGAGAGAGGAUGGGGUGGCUCUCUAUUUUAGAAGCGAUCAAUGAUUAUUUUGUAUGCAGUUGUAACCGCUUAAAGAUAUGUAUUAAGUAUUAAGUAUAAUAAAACGAAAUGGACGAAUAUAUCUGGUCCUUUAGAAACUUAACAGUGACCAUCACUUAAAUAAAAUAAUUACAAAUUAAAUUAAUUAUGAUGCGGAAUAUUUUAAAGAAAUAUUAUUAUCAUCAUUGUUUAUUACAACCGUUUCAUUCUAUUGUGCUAGAUUAAAUGUUAGAAAUAGCCUUGAAAACGAGUUUAUUUUUUAUAAAUAUUCAAAUUGUAGAAUAAAACGUUACGAUAUAAAAACCUUAAGCUGCAUAUCAUCUUUAUACGUGAUUCAGAUUCAUUCCAAAUACCAAGGCAUCUCAUAAAAAUGGCUAGUCACGUAAAAACCGCGUAUUGUCGUCAACGUAGGCAAUUCAUACAUAAAAUAGUAUUCAUAAUUCAUAAUGAACACAAAGGAACCUUCUUAAACUAGUAAUUUAAUUUUUCUUUAAAUUAGAAUAGGAAUUUUAAAUUACAAAAUUUCAGGGUUACUCUGUAAAACCUUUACGUACUUUCAAUGAUUGACUCGAAAGGCACUACAACACUGAACUGACGUGUCGCGUACUUUAAUGGCAACGUUUAAUUUCAGCUAAAGUAUAUUUAUUGUAAUACCUAAUAAAGUGGAGUUUCUUGAAAAUCUCAUUUAUUAUUAUUUCUUGUUUUUAAACAUAUUAACGCAGAAAAUAUUGUAAUUGAAAUGAAACCUUGAAAGCGUUGACCUCGAAAAGCAAGAGUUAAUAUGGGGGUGGUAAAAGCGAGAUAUGAAUACUUAUUGUUAUCAAUGCUUUGUAAAAUGGCAGAGUAGGCGUCUAGCAGACUUGUGUAGGCGCCUUUUAUAUUUGCCUGGGACGGUUAUAUUCCCCUUUUAACAAUUGAAAUAGUCUAGCUGUAAAAUUAUUUACUGAAUCCAUAAUACAGAUUCUAAUGUGUGUAUUGUAUUAAGUAAUUAGAAUUGAAACUUGUCUCAAUGAUAAUCAUUGCCCUUAUCUAUUUAAGGGCUGCUAGCAGUGUAUAAUAAUAUUUUAGAUUUUCUGUUGUUUUCCUUAGUUAUUGUGUGUGCUCGGAUAUAAGAGAUAAUUUAAGUUGUACAACGCUUUACUUGGUAAAUUUUGGGCCCUAUACAAGAAUUACAUGAUUAAUGUUGCUGAAGAAUUUAUUUAGCUUGUACGAUCUAGUAGUGGCAAUUUCUAGAUGUUUUUGAAUGUCGUUCUUUCUUAGGUUUUUUACAUUGUUUUUUUUAUAUAUUUAAAUGUAAAGAAACUUAAAUAUGCUGCACAGGCCAAAGCUCAUGCUCAUGCAUAUUUUUCUAGUAAUUGUUAUAUCGCCAAACUAAAUUAUAUCCAGUAGAUGUCUAAAGGCGAUUUAGUGAUUUGAAUAGUGAUUAUUUUAAUUUAAAAAAAUAUGUAUAUAUAAUACCGGUCCUACGCGAUUUAAAGUGUUAUCAGACGCCUAACGUUGAGGCCUUUUGGUACAACCCUUAUUUUCCAUAUAAAUAAGAUUUACGUGUUGUAGACACGGCUAAAUGAAUAUAUAUUUUUCGCACUAUUUAAGUUUUAAAUAUAUUUAAUAAAUCUUUUUAAUACUAAUUAUUAAGGCUGUAAAUAUACGAGUGUACAGUACUAAUUAACCUAGAUUGUUCCCUUUAGAGGGUAAGUGUUGAAAUGUUCACAUUUUAUUUGUGUUGAAAGGACUCUAACGUGGCGGACCUAGGUUAGAUAAUAAUAUUAUUAAGUAAAAUUAAAAAAUGUAGGUGCCUAAGCUAGUAUUGUAUUAUAGUGAGACUACGUAGAAACUUCCAGGAAUCAUUGAUGGCACGUAACAAUACUCCGAAGUAGGUCGACAUUUGCCUGAACAUUUGGUUUUCGCAAAUCCUAGUUACCUAUUUAUGAAUAUAUACCGCGUCCUUAUUGUUCCGAUGUGCAUUCAUAGAAUUGUUAAAUGCGACUUGCCAUCAAUGAGGUGGAGCUAAAAUAUGCUGUAUUUUUGUUAAAAUUGUACCUAACAUAUCUUGCUAAACACCGGCUAGUUAGGCAUCACGAGAUCUCUGCUAGUGCUUUUCUUUUUGUAAAAUAGUCCAAUUUAGUAUUUAUAGUGAUAACAUAGCAAGUAUUAAUGUAGAAUAAUUCGUAAGUGGACCGUGCGCUGCGGCGUCAAUUAAUGUUCAUUGAAGCACAAAUAAAUGGUUUUGUCAACUGGUCUAACGAUAUUCAGCUUAAUUGAAUGCAACUUUCUGGGACCAUGCUUAAAUAUUACUUUACACAAGAAAAUCUUAAGCACUUUUAAUAUGUAAGUACCUAUGUUCCUAUGAUCAUUUCAUUACAUAUGUUUCUAGUGCAUCUUUAUAAUUAUUGAACCCUUUAGCUAAAAAAUAUAUUGCGUAAUGAGUACAGUUUUAUUAUGUGACAAAAAAUACAUAUUAUGUUGUAUUUGGAAGAACCGUUGUACAUUCAAAGCAUUAUAAUAAGGAAGAUUUUUAUGGAGAUCAAAAUUCCACGGAAAACCUAAUAACCAGUCCUCAAAGCAUUAGAAUGAAUAUGUGAUUUAGGACAAUGUUAAUAAAUGUUUGCAAUAUAUGAAAUAAAACUAAACGAAGUAGGUAGUAGUAAAAACUACCAAAUAUUUAAAAAAAAAAUAGUUUUAUUUAGUACUUGGACUUUUAUUCCGGAAAGCCUUACAAGGAGUAGCAUAGCAAAAUGUUCCAUAUGUUGGUACAUAGCUACUAAGUAAAAAAAUAUAUGAAGGCGAGACGAAUUUCGCGAGAGCAGCUAGUUUAAAAUAGUAAAGUUUAAAUUAGUUUAAAAUAGGUAAUAUUCAGAUCCCUUCCAAAGAUAGCGCAUGUCAUAAUGCAGAAAAAGAAAUAUCGAUUUCGCACCAGUUGACGACACCAUAGAUAAUGAUCAAUAUUUUAUAUAGUCUUUUGCAAUUUCACACUUCACAUUGUAACCUGUAUCGGUAUUUAAAUUGAGUGAGAUAUUUAUUUUUUGUAAUAGCAGGGCGAAAAUUUUACAUUUUAUUAAAUAUGAGUACAAGCGUAUUUCCGUAUAAAUGUGAUAUAGUUUAAAGGAACUGUUUAACUGUGGCUCAACAAACAAUUACCUACUAUAACCUUUUAAUAAUUGUUGAGUAAAUAAUUCCAUAGUUAAAUAUUUUAAAUAGUCUUUAGUUUAUUUAUGUUAUGUAUUAAGAAAAGUAGAAUUUUUAAAUUGAAAUGUUUAAAUGGCUGUAAUAAUAUCAACGAUUUUUUCUAAUUAUAAAAAUAUAUACCCAUGAUAAUCAACAUGUAAGUGUUUCCUGCAAUUAUGAUUAAGAUUAUACAGCUAUUUAAAUAUUUUUUUCAUAAUGUUUUUGUGUGACACCAUAUCCAUAAUGCUUCUAUGUUGAGAAUUAAUAAAUCUGAAUGUAGUCA